GUCGGUCCUUUAGUCAUUAGUCAAUCAGAAAGGAGGCUUGAAAGAAUAUAUAGAGAUUAUAGGAGAACUGAUUUUAAAAUGUUAUUUAUAUCCCUAUUUCUGAGACCUAAAAUGGAAUAUUCGAUAAAGUUGAAUAUUAUCAAAGAACGCAGAAUAAAGAGCUUGUAUGCAUAA